AAUUAUGACAAAAAAGUACAUUUUUGUUUUCAUUAAUUUUUACGAUAUACCCAUUUUGACUUUGUGCGUGUGGUAAUUAGUGACAACCACAAGUGUAUACAUCUGUACUUCCACACGGCGAUGUCUCGGAAGAAAGAGAAAGAAGAUUAUUACCGUUUUUUCUCGGUGACAGAACCACGCACACACGAGAAGGGACACACGGAAUAUAAAGUCACCGCAAGGUUUGUCUCCAAGCGUCGUCCAGAGGACGUCAAAGAGGUGAUAGUAUGGAGGAGGUACAGUGAACUGAAGAAGCUAUAUGGAGAGCUGUCCUACACACACAGAAACCUGUUCAGGAGACAGGAGGAGUUCCCUUCGUUCCCUGGCGCUCAGCUUUUUGGUAGGUUUGAUGAAGGGGUGAUCGAGGAGAGGAGGAGUGCAGCUGAGGUCAUGCUACUAUUCACCACCAAUAUCCCUGCUCUCUACAACAGCCCUCAGCUUAAGGACUUCUUUAGGGGUGGUGAGGUGAUCAGGCCGUUAGACCCCUCUCCUCUCUCUUCCUCCACCCCCCUCCCUCCCCCCCUCAUCCCCCUGCCACAGCGUCGAGGCUCAGACUGUGAACCUGCGGCGGAGGAGGAGGGGACCGAGGCCCCUAUCCAACCCCAGAAGCUGGGGCUUUCACUGGGCACGGAUCUAGUCGAGCCUGAGGUUGCAGCUGAGGCCUAUAGUGAGAUGGGGGGUUGUCCUACUCCAGUAACACCUACAGCUGAGGAGGAGGAAGAGUUAACGGACCUUCCUGAUUUUCCCCGCGAUCUGAAGCUAGACGACAGAGUUCUCACUCCAUUCCAGCCCUGCAUCCUCAGAACAGACCAAUCACAGUCUCAGGAGGAGUUUGAUUCGCUGUUCGAUUCUGUGAUGCGGGAGGAGCCUUCAGAGGAAGUACCGCCCCCUCCUCUCUCCGACAACGACCUCGCCAUCUUCGACCCCUGUGCUAAAGAAGACCAACCGAGCGCAUCACACGACCAAUCAGAACUUCUGUCGCUGCCCUUGACCAAUCCGGACGGUGGGGAGGCGGACUAUCUGAAGCAGGCAGCCAAUGAGCUCACAGCUGCGAUGGAAAGCGAGAAGGAGGGAGAGUACAGUACAGCCAUACAAAAAUACAAGACAGCUGUGGAUUUACUCAUCACUGGAGUUAAAGGAGAUCCAGACCCACAACGUAGAGGUUCAGUAAAGAGAAGAACUGCUCAGUAUCUGGAACAUGCAGAGACACUACUCACACGACUUACCUCCACACACACCUCGCAGGACUAGGAUGCUUAAACACACUCACACACACACACACACUGCGGAGAAGUACUCGUAAACACACACACACACACACUGCGGAGAAGUACUCGUAAACACACACACACACACUGCGGAGAAGUACUCGUAAACACACACAUGAACAGGACGCUGAAACACACACUCCUUAAUACACUCAGGAUCAAUAGAACAACUGGAGUUUUGAACAACCAAUAGCACCACUUACACACACACACACCUCCCUACCUCUCUCUUAAAACCACAGGAGGUUGGUGGCCUCUUACUUGGGGAGGACGGGCUCGUGGUAAUGGCUGGAGCAGAAUGUGUGGAAUGGUGUCAAACGUUCUGUCUCCAGGUGUUUCAUUACACAUUAUUAAUGUGUCGUCCUCCCCUCAACAGCCACACACACACACACACACGCGCACACACGCGCACACACACACACACACACACGCACACACACACGCACACACACACACACACACACAAAGAAUCACAUCCCUGUUGCUUCUAGAAUCUGAAAUCAACUGUCAAAUAUUUGAAUCUGAUUCCCCUUAAUGAACAAGACAAUGGCUUGCGUUCCAAAAGGCACCCUAUUCCCUAUAUAGUGCACUACUUUAGACCAGGGCUGGCACCCUAUUCCCUAUAUAGUGCACGGCUUUUUACCAGGGCCAAUAGGUGAGGGUUCUAGGGCUCUGGUCUAAAAUAGUGCACUCUAUAAGGAAUAGGGUGCCAGCCCUGGUCUAAAGUAGUGCACUAAAUAGGAAUAGGGCUCUGGUCUAUAUAAGGAAUAUGGUUCCUUUGCUUAAUUUACAAUGUUUAAGGUGUUAAUAAUAUUGUGUGUUUUUGUACACUACACGCGCAUUACUUCAUUGUUUUCUUAAAUAAAUCAAUAAAAACCGAUUCAGUGUA